UUCCGGUCGGCGGCAAGAUGGUGGCGCGCAGCAAGAAAGGCGCGGCGCGGGACGCGGUGGAUACCCCCAGUCCGCCAGGGUACACAGCCAUUCCCAUCAAAUUCUCAGAAAAGCAGCAGGCUUCUCAUUACCUCUAUGUGAAAGAACACAGAGUUCGAGAAGGCACGCAGUCAGCCUGGCCUGAGAAGUGUACCCUUUUUGUCCUCAAUGUGCCUCCAUACUGCACAGAGGAGCGCCUGGCACGUCUCCUGUCCCCCUGUGGCCCCAUCAAGUCUGUGGAGUUGCAAGAGAAGCCAGACCUCACCGAGAGCCCAAAGGAGCCAGAGUCAAAGUUUUUUCAGGCCAAGAGUGUUCCGGGGUUCCAGGUGGCCUACGUGGUGUUUCAGAAGCCAAGUGGCGUAGCUGCUGCCUUGAACCUGAAGGGCCCUCUGCUGGUCUCUACAGGGAGUCACCCCGCGAAGAGCGGUGUCCACAAGUGGAUCAGUGACUAUAAAGACGCGGUGCCCGACCCCGAGGCUUUGCGGGAGGAAGUGGACACGUUCAUGGAGGCCUACGACCGGAAGAUAGCUGAGGAGGAGAGCAAGGCCAAGGAGGAGGAAGGAGUCCCUGACGAGGAAGGCUGGGUGACGGUGACGCGCAGGGGCCGGCGCCCUGUGCUGCCCCGGACGGAAGCUGCCAGCCUGCGCGUGCUGGAGAGGGAGAAGCGGAAGCGCGCCCGCAAGGAGCUGCUCAACUUCUACGCUUGGCAGCACCGCGAGACCAAGAUGGAGCACCUAGCCCAGCUGCGGAAGAAGUUCGAGGAGGACAAGCAGAGGAUUGAGCUGAUGCGAGCCCAGCGCAAAUUCCGACCCUACUGAGGCAGGGCCAGCGGGGCCUGGGACUAUGCGCCACGCCCAGGGCCCAUCAGUACAACAGCCCCGCCUGGCAUCCACCCGGGCUGGAGCAUCCUCAGGAUGUGGCCUUCAGGAGGCAGUUCCCCCGCCCGCCUGGAAACCUCCCUUCAGGAAGUCAGACUGACCAUCUGCCCUUCCUCCCUUGCCGUGAAGCCGCCUGGACAGCCGUGAGAGGACAAACCUUUUACGUCCAUCCAGCCUGACAGCAGCAAAGACUCCAGAGGCCAUCCUAGCCCCGGCUUCCUUCAGCUCCACCGGCUGACCCACGCCUCACUCCAGAGCGGCCCCCACGCCUGCCCCGUCCCCUUGAGGUCUCAGGUGGGGACGCUGGAAUUCUGCCCCCGACCUGCUUGGGAGUUUCUGCUGCCCAACUUAGCCUUCAAGAUCAGCAAGGCCCGACCACCCUGCGCGCUGCGUCCGCUCCGCGGGAAGGAGCUGACUAUGCCCGCUGCGCAGGCAGCCGUGUUCAUGAGGAUGCGGUGGUGCCUUCCACCGCCAUGUGCUGGAACUACUCCAGGAGGCGCGGGCUCAGGUGGCCAGCCACCACGGGGCUCUCCCCUGGCUGCGGUCCCCACUGCCUCAGGAACCCCCACGGGCUUGGAGGCCACCCAGCGGCCCGGGCACACGAGCUGUGCCAGGGUAGCUCAAAGCUGGGCCAUGGUGCGGGUUGCUGACUGCACAACCCUUUCUUCAGAGGGAGCACGGGCAGGUUUCAGACGUGCUCCCUGGGAGAGGCUGGCCUUCUGGGAGGGCAUCAGGUGUGUGCCGCAGCACAGGCCCAGACUCCACCAUGGCCUCCAAGUGCCGAUGCUCCCAGCUCCCCGGCAGGGGUCACACUGACCACACUGGCCCCCCGCCCUGUGGCCAGCACCCCACUAGUGCUGGGAGCAAGGGGUGGGCCUGGCCUGGCAGCACAUGAGGUCAAUAAAUCUGGACGAUUCUGCA